CGACGCUGGGCUCUACCGCUGCAUGGUGGAGAACGCUGGGCCCGCCAAGACCAGUGAAGAGGCCCAGCUCACAAUACUGCCAGAAACCGGAGAGGAGAGAGAACUGGAGUUCCUGGUAGAGCCACUUCCUGUGACCAAAGUGGUGGGGGCCAGUUUGCUGCUGCCGUGUGUGGUGACGGGUUAUCCAACGCCCUACGUCCGAUGGAUGGUGGGAGACAAGCUUGUUGAGGAGAGUGAGGGGAAGUUGGAGUUGGUGGGAGGAGGCAGUCUGUUGAUCUACAACCUGACUGAGGAGGAUGCAGGCGUCUACAGCUGUAUGGCAGACAUCACUAACAACACUAUCGAGGCCAAGGCAGAGCUCACUGUACAAGUUCCUCCGGAGUUCCUGAAGAGGCCGGCCAACAUCUACGCCCACGAGUCCAUGGACAUCAUGUUUCAGUGUGAGGUCACAGGUUCCCCCGCCCCCACCGUCAAAUGGGUCAAAAAUGGAGACGCUGUCAUUCCCAGCGACUACUUCAAAAUCAUUAAUGACCACAACCUGCAGGUGCUGGGUCUGGUCAAGUCUGACGAGGGCUUCUACCAGUGUCUGGCAGAGAACGAUGCAGGGAACAUGCAGUCCAGCGCUCAGCUCAUCAUCCUAGAGCACGGUAUGUUGGGAGGGGAACCGAAUGGACAGGGUUCUAGAUAGAAGCCAGUGUUCGAUCUUGGGGAGCUUGGUUGUAGUAGUAUUGAUGGGUGUUUUGGGGUACAUCAGAUUUACUCAAACACAUGGCUGGACACUGGACAUAAGUAGAGCCUAGAAUACAGUAGACAAUGGGAAUAUUGAGCAAAUC